ACAGCAUGAAAAAGCGAUGAAAAAUACAUCGAUAUCUUAUCGAUAGUUAUUAUGCAUUGAUGUGCUCAUUUGAAGUGUGGCCGAAUGGUUUCGAAUUUCGUGAGCACGCAGUUCAAACUUUUGCACUUUUCCUAAGAGAGCCAUCUUGCAGAAAAAAUUUGAACUACUGACACAAGAUUUUGAUUACGCGAUUGAAUUUAAAUUUUUAACCAUUUGUAAACAUUUGAAAUAUAAAAUAAAAUAGAAAUAAAAACAUGCUACCUUUGCUAGAUCCAUAAAUAAAAUCCAAGUAAAAGCAGAAAUGUCCACCUGCAUUUGCUUGGGCCCCAAAAGAGCGGGCAAAACGCACCUUUUAAAAGCUUUACAGGAUCCGGAAACCAUCGACGAGACCACGUUUUCCAUGCCCACCAUUGGCACUGGGAUUUACCGAAUCCAUUUUCCAACAAAAUCGCCAAAUGGGGAUAAAAAUAAGCCCCCUCCCGCAGAAGCCCCAGCUAACAUUCCUCAUGGCGGUAAAAAUCUGCCCAAAUCCAUACAGAUCCUGGAAAUUGGAGGGAGUAUGGCCCCCUUGUGGAGGCAGUAUUUCGAGGACGUCAAGAAGCUGAUUUACGUGGUGGACACCUCUAAUUUGUGUCAGAUUUCAGCCGCCGGCGUUCUUUUCUAUUCAAUCCUCACCGAGCCGCGUCUGCAGCACAAUACUAAGAUCCUGUUGGUGCUGGCCAAAAUGGAUUACUCCUACCGCCAGAUGCGAAACGAGGCUCUGCUCAUGCUGCAGAUGCAGAAGUUGCAAAAGCAGAUCUGCCAGCAGGUGACCAUCGUGGAGGCCAGCGCCGUCACCAAAGUGGGCUUGGACCCCAUCUACGAUUGGCUGCAGAGACCCUAAAUAAUAAAAUAUCAUAGAAAUGAGUGUGUUCCAGAAACCCAUUAAUGUUUGGUUUUCCAUAAUCAUGUUGUCACUUACAUCAAUGAUAGACCAGUAAAAAUAUAAAACUCUGUUCCAAUGCAUCUUUAUGUGGCUUUAAUUAAUAAAAUUAUACGUGAGCACAGCCUAA